AUGUUUGGCUUCUUUACUUUUCUUUCUCUCUCGCUGCCUUUUUUGGUUGGGGAGGGGGAAGGGGAGAAAUCUAGCCCCAGCGCCGGAGGAGGAACUGGGUAUUUGGAAGAUGUUGCGAAUCAUUGACUGGAGCGUUUGAAAGGGAAAUCGACGGCUUUGCAGCUUCCCCCCAACAGACACACACACACACACAGACCCCUCUUCUCCCCUUUUUUUGUGGGUUGGAGUUUGUGAUCAAGGAGUGGGAACGCAGAUGCCCUUCUUUCCAAUGACCCCUGGGGAAGAGACAGAGUAAAUUCUCCUUGCAACAUGUUCCUGACCUGCGAAGGGACCUUCGGAAUGGUGCCAGCCACCAUGGAUUACAACGGGGAAGCCAGGCCAGGGGAAUUCCAGACUGGCUAUCAAGAAAUCGAAGGGAUAAACCUGGGAUACUUACAGAUCAAUGGCACACAGAUGUUUGCUUUGGCCCAGGUCCUCAGCGACCUGUUUAAGGAUAUCCCCAGGACCACCAUCAGCAAGAAGAUGGAGACCUUAAAGAUCAAGAGCCGCCGCUGCGAUCUCAGGGAGCUCCGGACCCUCAAAGCCAUCAACUCCGUGCCCACCCGAGCGGUGAAAUGCUCGCUCAUCUCCAAGGCAGACCUGGAGGCGCUCUGCACCUCCUGCAAGAGCCUCAGCCCCCGGAGGAGGAAGAGGAAGAGGAGAGAGCAGCUGCUGCGGCCGGGCCCCGCGGAUCUGUUCGACUGCCCCCGGCAGCCGCUGCGGUCCCCAUGCGGAGCCGGCCCCUACUGCACCCAGGAGCCGGGGAUCUGCACCCAGCUGGCCCCCGCACCCCAUCCCGCCCCGGCCGGGCUCUUCCAAAACUAUGACAAAACCACCCGGGGCAAGAAGGGCUACGGCCUGGGAGGACGCGGGGGGCUCUUCUCCGGCGUGUUGAGCGCCUACCCCCAGGACCUCCAGCGGCUCCACUCGGCAGCCCGGGCGCACGGAGCCGGGCAGGCGUCUCCCCAGCCGGAGCCCGGCCGGCCCAAGCGGGGCUCCUGCUGCUCCAAAGGGCUCUUCCCCGAGGAGAAGGGCCCGGGGGCGGCCAGGAAAGGCCGCCUCUUCCCGGGCUGCAAGAGGCAGGGCACCUCAGCCGGCUACUCCAGCGACUCGGAUUCCAGCCUGGACUUCGGGGGCUCCAGCCCGGCCACCUCCAGCGACUCAUCGGAGGAGGAGGAGGAAGAGGAAGAGGAGGGGGACACGUCGUGCAGCAGCGAGGAAGGCAGCUCCUCGGAGUCGGAGAGCAGCUCGCUGUGCAGCGGGGACUCGGUGCAGAGCACCCGCUACAGACAGGCGGCUCUGCCCAGGUUCCAGCCGCUGGCCCACCCCCCCAGAGAGCCCAGCGGAGACGAGAGGCUCCCGGAGCCCCACAAAGCAGCCCUGCGUCCCGAUCCCAACCUCCUGCUCCUGUCCCAGCAGCUCUGGGCCAGGACUCUGCGAGCGUCAACUUUGGAAAGUUUGAGGCCGCUUCCAGCCCUGGGAGCCGGGGCUCCGCAGCAGCAGCCAGAGCUAGUGUGCGCAAAGCCGGAGGCCCCCUCCUCCCGUCCCUCCCCGAGCUGCAGCUACCCUGUGGGGGACCCACAACAAAAGGCGGGAGGCCGUGGGGCGACAGAGCCCUGCGCCAAAGGGGAGGAUUUGCACAAAGAUGCCUCGAACAAUGCAGCCUCGUUAGGCCCCAGUGACCAAGCAGAGAGGCAGCUCGCUGCGCUAGCCGGGGGAUCUGCUUCCCAAGAGCCAGCCCUGGGCUCAGCUCCUCCGCCCUCAGCUCAGGAAUUCGCAGGGAGCCUCAGCCCGGCUCCCCAGAGGGCCUUAGGGGAGCCCAGGAGGGAGCAUUUCGACAGGCUCAUCAGGCAAUCCAAGCUGUGGUGUUAUGCAAAAGGGUUCAACGCGGAUGGGAAAAGUUUGCGGCCCGGAGGGAAGACAGAGCCGUGCAAAGCGGCCGAGCUCCAAUGUCCCGGCUCCAAAAGCGCACCGAGCCCCAGCCCCUUGUCAAACAAAGCUUUGAAAGGCAAUGGCUCGGAAAGGAAUUCCAAGCGCAGACGCCUUGCCAGAGGCGUUGAGGCAGAACUGCAACAAAACUCCAGUAAGGGGAGGCCACAAAAGACUCCGAGGAGGAAUGCCCAAAAGGGAAAGGCCCAUUGCAAACGCCUGGCCAGCGCCGGGCCAGCCCCAGGCAGGAAUUCCUUCAGCCUCAUGGGCAACUUCCCCUGCACCCCUUCCCUGGUAGUGGGGGAGGAUGGGGAUCUGCGUCCCGCCGCCUCCCUGUGCGUAAAGAACACCUGCGCGCUCUCCAAAACGCACCCGCUGUGGAGCUGGCAGGUGGGCGGCAGCGCCCUCCCUGUGCCCCCCAGCCUCAAAUUCCGGGGCUGUGGCCUGGAGGGUUUCUAAACGAGGCCGGAUGAAUGUUCGCCAGCCAGGUUUACAUGCAACAGUUGAGGGAGGGGGCGAGGGAGAUGGGAACCGGAUUAAUCCCAAAGACCCUAGGGAUCUGAAGUGCCCAACUGGAGACGUCUUGAUUUUCAGGAAGGGCUGGAGCACCCCAGCUUCUAACCCACCCCCAGGGCCCUUUAAGGUGACUGACCUCCCCAAUCAAAUGUACCCCCCAAAUCACAUUAGGAAACCUUGGCCACAUAUAUCUACUGCUGGGAAUUUGGAGAGGGGGAGGAAAGUGAUUUCAACUCUGGUUGUGGCAUGAUUUCUUUUUUGGGGGGUCCAACUUUCGGGGGUUCUGUGCGAAAGUAAAACGCCCGCCCCCCAAACAGGUCAGCUGGAGGAAUACCUCACCCCCUUUACAUUCAGUGGUUUAUUCCAACCAGGGUGAUUUGGACUAAAAUGUGCAUAUUGCUGGGGAGUGUUCAAGUAGUCCUGCCCUCCUUCCCCUCUCCAAGUUAAAGGAGAACUGUCCCUCCCUUCCCAUUCACCCCAAGUUAAAUGUAUUGUCCCUUCCCACUUCCUCUGCGUUUGUGGGAGAAUUUAAUGCUGUCAUCCCAACACACAUUAAACUGAUCUCAUCAAAGCUUUCUCCUUAAAAAAAAAAAAAGCUGAAGAAAGAAAAGAAUGGAUCUAAUUCCUCCUUUCCUUGAUACAUGCAUUGGAUUAAAAUAAUAAUCACAUGCAGAGAGAAAGAAUGAUCUCUCUUAUAGAAGAAAUACCCCCUCUUUUGCAUUAAUCAGUCUCAUACGAAAAAUUGCAAGCAGCUAUUUAAACCGAAUAAUCUACUUUAUCUACCAAAGAGAAAAAAAACAUAACCCCUCCCACACACACUAAAAAGAAUAGGGAGUUUUGUCUGCAAAAAGAAAACAGGCGGGUUUCAGAGGAAGUUAUUGGAAACUUCUGCAUGUAAAUUAAAAAGAAAAAAAGAGUUGUUUGCUGGAUACCCUAAGUCGGAUAGCCUAAAGGUAGCAGGCCUGUAAAAGCUUUAUAGACGCAAGAAAUAGGAGCCAGGAGCAUUAGGAAUAAAGUACAGAUGGACAAUUUGAUCUCUAUUAAGCUCCAAAGUGGAAUGCGGAGAAGAAUGUUGAGAGAAAGUUUCUCUUGUCUGUAAAGAAAAUCACAUCUCAGUCUAACUCUGCUUACAAACCAGUGGCCCUUUCGACUGUUUCUGAUUUGAUUUCACCCCUCUCUGACAUCAAAAUUCAACUGGCUCUGAAGUCUGUUCAGUUUUGGAAAUGUUAGACAAAUCAAAGCGACUGUGAGGGCUUUUUUUUUGUUUGUUUGUUUUUUGUUUUGUUUUUCUCCCACUCUUUUCCAGCAUAAAAUAUUUUCAACAAAACGCGGAUCUGACACCGUCUGAGACCCUGCGAUUCCCUCACUUUCAACACAUUGGUGUGAAUGUUUUAAUUCCCCCCCCCCCGUACUGUUAUAAUUGACUCCAGCUCACAUCGUAUACAUCGGGUUUUACUUCCAAUAGAAAGAAAGAAAGAAAGAAAGAAAGAAAGAAAGAAAGAAAGAAAGAAAGAAAGAAAGAAAGAAAGAAAGAAAGAAAGAAAGAAAGAAAAGUAAAGUCGUGGCUCAUUAUAGAAUUAUAAUCAAAGCAAAUAUUCAAACCUGGCCACUGGUGAUUUAGAGUUUUAAUGUCAUUCCAUCGUUGGUGGGAACAAAAUAUCCAUUACAGGCCAAAAAUAUUUUCUCUCGAAUAAUUUAUUGGUUUCUCUUAGGCAUAUUGAGUUAUUUUGAUGCUAAAAACAUUUUUUCUUUGUUUUGCAUUUUUCAUUGAUUGGGUUUUUGUCUCCAUUUUAACAAAAUGGGUGGGAUUCCUCCUAUGCCUGUGCAAUAACUGUGGAAGGUUAUAAAAAUCUGCUGUCUGUGUGCGAGAGAGAAAUACCUAUUCUGUGGACGUCUCUCUCCCUUGUGCAGUUUGCUUUUAAACCUCUUUCUAGCAGACGGAGUCCUUGUCUCCAAUGGACACAGGCGCACAAAAAUGGAGUCUUUUAUUCUUCGCAUACAUAGACUGAGCUGGGCGUCCUGGCUGCCCGAACAGGGGGUGUGAAAAGCAAAGCCCAGGAGAGAGGGAAAGAGGCGCACACACACACACAGAGAAAUAAUCUUGGUUGUUUUCCUUUUAAUGUCUUAAGGGGAAGGCGGUUCUCCAACGCCUGCUCCAAUCUGCACAUUUUGCUUCUGGGCUAGUAGCUGCCAGGUCCAAAGCAGAUUGUUUGAAAUGUGUUUUCCAGGGUUUGUUUGUUUGUUUGUUUGUUUUGGAGGAAGGGGGAGGAAUUUGCAAACGGAUUUGUGGCUUUUGUUAAUCGCAAACCACUGUUGUUUAUGCAAGAGCUUGGGGUAACGUCAACAAAGACGCACACACAAAGAGAGAGAGACCGGUUUGAAAUAUUCAAAAAGUCUGCAAGAGGUGCAUGGCUGCUGGGAAUGCCAGGCUCCCAUCCGAACGUGUUCGCUAGUUUUCCUUUAAUUAUAUGCCUGGUCCUGAAACCCUUGGGCAUGCAAAGCUCCCAGUGAAGUGAAAAGGAGAGGGAAUUUUUGUUUUUUAGCCUGGAUAAACUGAGCAGAAAGGAGACACUUUAGCUAUCAAUGUUGCUAAAGCAGCAAGCAUCAGUAACACAAAUAACUCAGGAAUAUUCUCUGGGAUGUAAUCACCUCAAAAAGUGUGUGGGUAUAUAUGUGUGUGUUUGUGUCUGUGUACAUAUGAAACACACAGAUUGCAUACACGCGCUACUGUCUAUGCACACAUAGUAUAAUGUGAUGGAGGCUGUGAAUAUAAUAUAAUAUACCUCAAAACUUCCUCUCUUCCCCACAACACGCACACCUUGUAUACUUAAGCCACAGAGACCCCCUGCUCUGUGCUAAAGAAAUACCUUUCCCCCGACUCUUUGUUUACAUGUUGCAAAGAAAUGGAUCCCAGCCAGGAACGGGAAAUAAGCUUCAUAGCAAUUCUCCAUUUCCUUCCCAAAAGGGUGUUGUUGUUGUUUUUUUAAAAAAAGCCUUGUUGCAAUGCAAUACAAAAAAUAGAAAGGAAAACCCAGCCCUUAUUUGAUAUCGUGUGGUUUCAAAAUAAAUAAACACACAAACACAUAAAUAAUUUAAUAAUAAUAAAAAGAUUAAAUGGUGCUUUAUGGAAAACAAGCAAAACCUCCCGGAUAGAAGUCACGAGCGCAAAAGGCAUGGGAGGACUGGCAUGCUGGAGAGGAUGUUUGUAUUUUGGAACAACAAAUAAUCAGUUUGCAACCCUGGAGUCCUUGAAGCUAAACAGGACUCCUUGAUAAUAAAUUUUGUAACCUCGCUUUGUUUCCAAAGUGGGUGCAAAAGGGGGAAGAACCGAUUUUUUGUUAUGCCAUUUUGUUUUCCUAAAAGCGCUGGACCAGAGAGGGGGCAAUCCAAAACAAUACCUUUUGUUUACAAAACUUUUAUAAACUUUGGCUGCUUUUUUACCAAAACGCAGUUAGUUUUAGACUCAGGAAAAUCUCAGUGUGGAUGUGGGGGGAUGCUGUGUGAUUUAAGGGUUUAUUUGGGGGAGGAUGGGGGCUUACUGGGUUUUCAAAGGUUGGGCCCUUUGCUCUACCUCUGCAUAAUUGGAUAUGCAGUUUGGGAGCAGAGCACAGAGCAAGCUCUCGGUUUUCAUUUAAAUCACUUGAACUCCGCAGGAAUGGAGGUGGGUUAAAUUAGACUUGACCUGCUUUGCUGAUCAAUCCAAAAA